UUCGGCAGCUCCGCGGGCGUGCCGAGCUCUCCGGCCCUGCCUUUUCUUCGCGGGAGGGCCUCGCGAGCCCUCCGCCGGCGCGCUCGGCCCAGGGCUGCCGCAAACUGGCGCGGGGGCCUCGAGGGAAACGGGUCGACCACAAAGCUUAUGCACCCAAGAGUGGUCGAUGUUACGUCGGGCCUACGGAAGCGACGUAUUUUGCUCGAGGGUCUGCCGAUGCUUCAAAAUGGUCCAGAUGUUUUGGCCGAUGCCAAACGCAUGGCGAUCAAAAUCGGAGGCGCCGCCGGCGCCGGCCUUGCAGCGCCGCGCCGCGGGCGCGGGCGCUGCGGCAUCGGGGCGCGCGCCUGCCCGCUGACCGCUGACCGCAGGAGGGAGGAGGAGGAGGAGGAGGAGGAGGAGGAGGAGGAGGAGGAGGAGCGAGGAGGAGGAGGCUCGGGCUCGGGCUCGAGCUCGGGGCCCGGGCGGAGGCGCCUAGGCCGCCGCGGCGCGGAGCCUCCGGAGCUCCGCGGCGACGGCGGGCACGCCGGCGUGCUCGCGCUCCAGCCCCACGAGCUUGGCCUCCCAGGCGGUGCGGUCCGCCGCGAUCUCCACGGCGGGCCGCUGGGAGGCCUUCUCCAGCUGGCGCAUGGCCGCCGCCGCGGCGUCGGCGGCCUUCUGGACCUGCGUCAUGGCUCCCCUGUCGCCCGCACCGUAGGCGCGCUGCGCGGCGCCGAAGGCAGCCGCGUCCACCGCUUCGGUGAGCGCGCGCAUCUGCCUGGCUGCCUCUUUCGCGGCAGAGGCCACGGCGCUCUCGCGCCCGAGCACCUCGACAUCGCCCAAGAACCCCGACUGCAGCGACUCGACCACCCACCGGGGUUGGGAGCCCUCGGCGAAACGCUCCAGCAGGGCCUUGUCGUCAAGCUGUGUGCGCUCCAGGUGGUGCCAGAUCCCGAGCGUGGUGGUGGAGCCCAGAGCCUCUGCAAGCGGCUGGUCGGCUUUCAGCCGCUCCUGCAGGGCCGCCAGCGCGUCCCUGGACGCCGCAGGAGCCGCCACGCCACGCAGCUUGGCCUGCUUCGCGAGGAGUUGCUGCAGGCGCGUGGCCACUGAGUAGAGGUAAGCGUCGUAGUUCACCGUCUUCGUGAGCCCGAGCAUGGUGCCAGUGAACAGCUGCGUGUACAGGCCAGGAAUGAGCCGCUUGGCCACGGCCUCCUUGAGAUCCGACAUCGCGAAAACAUGCAACAUCGAGGAGCAUCGUGCUUGGAACCCUAGACCCCGUCUGUCUUCGGAAUUUUUCUCACUGGAUCGAUCUGUGAUGGUGCUGUGGUCCGCAACCGGGCGAAAACGCCAGGCGUGACAAAAAUGUAAAACCCAGAUCUCAUGACAAGGGACGCAGACCCGCGACGCCAUGUUUUCUUCAUGACUUCGAACCCUGGAGGUCUCGACCCAUUCCCUGGGACCUUCUUUUCAUCUUGUUUUUUGUUCUCAGCCAUCCUG